AUGAAGUUCUGGAAGAAGAAAGAUAAAAGCAAAACAGACACCAAUAAUCCCUUCGAUGAAAAGGGUGUGGAUUUAAUGCUAGCAUCAUCGACCGCAUCUGUUGCUAGCGAAUCAAUCUAUGAAGAUAAGAACAGUUCUGCUCCUUCAAGUACAAUAGGCAACCGAGAUUUCGAACAGAAUAGGAACGACCUUUUUGGUGGAUAUAAUGAUGAAAGAAGCCCGAACAAUACUUCUAAGGCGCAUGAUAACAGUGCUUUUGCUGAAGAAGAAGAUCCCGAGGUACGACAGAUUCAGCAACAGAUUCGCAAUGUCAAACAGGACUCAUUAGCAAGUACUCGUAAUGCACUACAAAAAAUCAACGAGGCUGAGGCCUCUGCUGUCACUACGAUGAAUAUGUUAGGAACUCAAUCAACACAAAUUGCAAACAUAAACCGUAAUAUGGAUAUAUCUAAGGCCUAUACUGACCGUGCUUCCGCUCAAGCUGGAGAGCUGAAGAAAUUAAAUCGAUCAAUUUUCAUACCUGUUGUGAAAAAUCCCUUCAGUAGAGAUUCUAAACAAAGAAAAGAAAUCGAAAAACUUCAUGAAGAACAUAUGGCCGAACGGAAUCAAAUUCGUCAAUUCGAAUACGACUCUUCUGCACGUAUAGCAGAAACACAAAGACUAGGCUCCAGACAAACAGAAAAGGAAGGUUUUCGUAAGAGUCGCUCUAGAGCAGAUCGUAAUAAAUACCAGUUUGAAGCGGAUGAAGAAGACGACGCGAUUGAAGACGAGAUCGAUCAAAAUCUUGAUCUUUUAAGUGAUGCUACUUCUCGUUUGAAAAUAAUAGCCACCGGUAUGAACGAUGAGCUUACCAGCCAAAAUAAGCAAUUGAACAAAUUAAACAAAAAGGUUGAUCCUAUAAACGCAAAAUUAAGGUCUACAACCCAUACUUUGGAUUCCACGAGAUAA